CCUCAUCUGCCCCCUGCCUCCUCUAGCCCCAUGCCCGGGGGUUCCCCUCCUCCUCUCCCCCAGGUGACACUGGAGAAGGUGCUGGGAAUCACCGCCCAGACCAGCAGCGGCUUGGCCUGCGACCCGGCCACGGGGCUCCUCGCCUACCCCGCCGGGUGUGUCGUCGUCAUCCUGAAUCCCCGGGAGAACACGCAGAGACACAUCCUGAACACCUCUAGGAAAACCCUGAGCACAUUGGCCUUCUCACCCAACGGGAAGCUCAUUGUCACUGGAGAGAAUGGGCACCGACCGGCUGUCCGUGUGUGGGAUGUGGAGGAACGGGCGCAGGUCUUGGCGUUGCAUGGUCACAAGCACGGCGUGGCUUGUGUUGCCUUCUCCCCCAGCGCGAAGUACCUGGUGUCGGUGGGGUACCCCCACGACAUGGUGGUCAACGUUUGGGACUGGAAGAAAGAUUCCCUGGUCGCAUCAAACAAGGUGUCCUGCAAAGUGACAGCUGUGUCCUUCUCCGAGGACAGCUACUUCGUCACCGUGGGGCACCGCCAUGUGAAGUUCUGGUUCUUGGAUUCAUCGGGGGAGCUGAAGAUCAACGAGACGGUGCCGCUGGUGGGACACUCGGGGGUGCUGGGAGAGCUUCACGACAAUGUCUUCUGCGGCGUGGCCUGUGGCCGAGGGCAGAUGUUGGGCAGCACCUUCUGCAUCUCCUCCUCGGGGCUGCUCUGCCAGUUCAACGAGAAGCGGGUGCUGGAGAAAUGUAUCGUUCUGAAGGUGCCGCUGGCAAACUGCCUCUGCCUCGGCGAGGAGCUGAUAUUUUGCGGCUGCGCCAAUGGCACCGUGAGGAUUUUCCAGGCUUGUGACAUGUGCUACCUGGCCGAUCUCCCCAAACCUCAUCCCCUGAGUGUGGAUGUCACCCAGGCCCCCCCACUGAGGUGGCCGGACCUGGUCUACCCCGACACCAUCGCCUUGGCCUACAAUGCCUGCAACUGCUGGCUGGCCUGCAUCUACAAGGACCAUAGUGUCUACGUCUGGGACGUCGGGGACCUGCGGAACAUCAGGAAGGUGUGGUAGGAACUUUUCCACAGCUCCUUCGUCUGGACCAUCGAGGUGUACCCCGAAUUUGAGGAGCGGAGAUCCUGUCUGCCUCCUGGCUCCUUCCUGACGUGCUCCUCAGACAAUACCAUCUGCACCUGGACCUUGGAAAGUGGCUCCGUGCACCCCAUCCAGGGCAGCGCCUACAGCACGACCCUGCUGAAUGUCAUCUACAUGGACAACAACACGCAGCACCUCCAGGACUCUUCCAGCAUGCCCAACCAAAGGGAGAAUGUGGAUCACCUCGAUGUCAAGUCUGGGGUGUGGGUGAUGCAGGUCAGCUCCAACGGGGAGCAUUUGGCAUCAGGGGACAGAGGAGGAACCCUCAGGAUAUGCGAGCUGCAGUUCAUGCAGCAGGUGGCUAAAGUGGAAGCUCACGAUUCGGAAGUUCUCUGCCUGGAGUAUUCAAAGCUGGAGACCGGAGCAGCGCUGCUGGCUUCGGCAAGCAGAGACAGGCUGAUCCACAUCUUGAAUGUAAAGAAGAACUACAAGCUGGAGCAAACCCUGGACGAUCACUCCUCUGCAAUAACAUCGGUCAAAUUUGCUGGCAACGGGGACAUUCAGCUGAUAAGCUGUGGCGCCAAUAAAAGCAUUUAUUUCCGCAAUGCUCAAAAGCUCCCGGAUGGCUUCAAUUUCAUUAGGAUGCAUCACAUCUCCGAGAAAACCACCCUGUACGACAUGGACAUUGACAUCAUGCAGAAAUAUGUUGCUGUUGCCUGCCAGGACAGAAACGUCAGGGUGUACAGCACGGCCAGUGGGAAUCUGAAGUGCUGCUACAAGGGCUCGCAAGGCGACAAUGGCUCCUUGUUGAAGGUAGAGCUGGAUCCCUCCAGCACCUUCCUGGCGACAAGCUGCUCUGACAAGAGCAUCGCCCUCAUCGACUUCCACUCUGGGGAAUGUGUGGCAAAAAUGUUCGGCCAUUCAGAAAUAGUCACAGGGAUGCGGUUCACCUAUGACUGCAGGCACCUCAUCACUGUCUCAGGAGACAGCUGUGUCUUUAUUUGGCACCUGGGCCUGGAAAUCACCAGCACCAUGAAGCAGCACUUGCUGGAGCUUGACCUGCCGCAGCCAAAGCAGGCGAAGGAGACCAGUCCCCCGGCACAGCUCAGAUGGAAGACUCACAUCAUGAUCCCCAAUAGGAUGGCAGCCACUGGUGCUGGAGGAACUUCUGACGAAGAGUCCACAGAGGAGCGAGACGAGGCCUCAUCCCUGUGGACCCCCUGCAAGGAGGACUUGGAGCUGCCUCCAGCGUGCAUCCUAACCAACAGCAGGCUGCCCAUGUGGGCAAAGAGGCUGCUGGGAGAGGUGGAGGAUGGGGACGAGGCGGAUGCCAGCCUGCGGGACAGCUACCGGCCACAGGGGUGAUGGGCAGUGCAUGCCGAGAGGAGUCCCAUCAAGACCUUGCCGGAGACUGAUCUCCCUGACUUCACCCCCAUCAAAUUCCGCCUCGAGAGUGACAAGGAGCACAAGCCUGGUAGCCUGGAGCAGCUGAUUUCAGAGCUACGGACAUCAGCUCCCUGUCUCCAGCAGGCAGAGAGCUCUCCCAGUGACCUCACUGAGGACUCGCUCUCUAAGCUCUUCCCGGAUGAGGAAACCAAUGGGGGACUGGAAUCGCCGGAUACAACCGGGACCAGCCUGGAGGAGCCACGUGUGCCAGAGGCGAGCAGGCAAUGUGUGACGGAGCAGCUGCUGCACCUCUCGUACCUGGUGGAGCCCAGGGUCAGCCAGGAGGACACCUCAUCCUGCGUUUCACUCUGCCUGGGAAUGUCAGUGCCUUGCUACCAGCUGGAAGACGAGGACUCGGCAGGCUCUGCCGGGGAGGUGGAGGAGCCAGAGGAGAACCCGCCGCAGAGCAGCUCCCUGCCCCAGACCCCCGAGCAGGAGAAAUACCUCAAGCAGCACUUUGAGACGCUGGCAGACACUGAAGGUAAUGGGAGAAACCGUGGGCAGACAGUGCCGGCGUGUUCAGCACAGCUGAUCUGGGCGGAUUGCAGCGAUGGUAGAGCUAAUGCUUCCUGCCCUGUGGCUGCAGAGAAGUUUGAUGGCUCCUUAAAGGAUUUGAAACCUCCCAAACCUGAGGAUGAGGAAAAAAACUUGUUCUUGAACCCGCACUUGAGCAUUUCAGCCCAGUUCCUCUUGCGCUGCCAGAAGAGCAGACUGGCGGCCACCUUCCCCCUGCAGGCACAGCCCCAGCUGCAGAGCCCUGCCCAUGCCCAGGAGCCGCUCAGGGACCAGCCGAAAACAUCCCAGGAGCUCCAACAAUCGGAGAAACUGCUGGAUGAAAAACCUUGGGAAAUGGGAGAGGAAACAGGCUCCAACACUGGAAAACCCACAGGAUCCCACUUGUGGGUCAGGAUCUUCACCACGACCCUGCGGCUGCUGCGCACCCACUUCCAGGAGACGCUGGGGCUCUACCACCAGGUGACCCUCUGUGCUGAGGCCACCAAGGAGGACCUCCUCCAGGCGAGGACCGCACUGGCCGGCCUUUUCGGCUGGAUGAAAGCCGAGCUGUGCUCCCGCGCUGUGACCUGCCACAUUGAUGCCACCAUUGGCACCGAUGGUCCGGCGCCGCCACCGGACCCUGAAACCCUGGCACUGCUCCGUGCCUACUCCGACUCCCUCAUGGAGAUGAUCCAGAAGAGGCUGGAGAGCAGCAACCCUGAAAUGCUUUAAAUGGAAGUACUGGGGUGUCAACCUGCCUUCUUACUUAAAUUUCUGGGGUUUUUUUAGGCAACUCUCUAAGCUUUAACCACUUUCAGAGUUCUCAGAUGUAUAUUUUUUUUCUGGUUUCCAUCUUGUCCCUCUCUAAGCCCCGCAAACACCUGGCAAGCGCCCUGGCAGCUGCAUCCCCUCCCAGCCCUGAUCCCGUUCCAUGCCACUGGCAGAGGGGCAGAAGCAGCCAUCGCUGCUGAUGUUAAAAGUUGUUAAAAAAAAAAUAAAUGUUUUUGAACCA